AUGUGUCUGAUAUAUGUUAACAAUCAUUAAGAUUCUCAGUGACCUAAAUGGAAACGUGGCAGGAUACAAAAUGGCGGCCUAUUUGUACGUUAUAGACAUGCACAGCAAGCAGAUCAUGAAAUGGCUGCAGCUGUUGUCACUGAUGAAUUCAUGAAUCAGACCAAGCUGGGUGGAGACUGAAUUGAGGCUGUGUAGUUAGGAGGAAAUAGAGGGCUGACUUGCUGAACAAAUUCUAGUUGGCGCUGUUGUACUGUAGUUCUAAUUGGUGUCUAAGACAGAUAGUUUAGAUGAAGCCUAGAGGGGGGAGACGGGACUGGAACUGUAGGAGUCAUUGCUGCAGUAUUACCAUGCAUAAUUGGCCCUGUGUGAUUUUUAACUUGAAAUUAAAAUCUAAAAAGCUCUUUAUAAUAAUUGUUAUCUUGUUUAUUCCAGGUUUUUCAAAUCAUCACACAGCAGCUUUGCUGUAAUUGAUAAAGACACCAUCUAUUUGUCCAGACAAAUUGACAACAAAGUACUAAAACUUGACCAAAAUGAGCUGCUCAAACACAGAGAUGUUGUUGGGGGACUCUCUGUCCCCAUUCAGCCAGCAGUGUUUGGUGGCUGAUAUAGGUCUGGGGCUCUUAGAUGACUACUUGGAGGUGGCCAAGAACGUCAGUUCACAUGGGUUCUCCAGCGCUAAGGCUAAAGUGGGCUUCUCCGAUUCGCUGGAUGUGGACAGUUGGAAUAAUGCCACAGACAGCAACCAGGAGGAUGCCUUUUCUGGCAUGGAUUGGAUGGUGGAGAAGAUGGACCUGAAGGAGUUUGACUUUGAUGCGCUGUUAGGUAUUGAUCUGGAAGCCACCGUCUCCCCAGAUUUGCUCAUGGCCACGUUGGAAGACACGUGUGAUGUGCUUGACCCGCCCAUUGAAGAAAUUCCCAACAAAGAAAGUUUAUUAAUGCCAGAACCAAUUAACCAAUCCCCCAGGUCUCCUGAAGCAGACCAGGUGGCCCCAUUGACUACAUUGUUGCCAUUUCCAGUACCCCAAGGGCCAUUGAUUUCUACUGUUGACCAUUCAUUCAGUUUAGAGCUAGGUAGUGAAGUAGACAUUCUUGAAGGAGACAAGAAAACAGAAACCCCCACUACUUUAGUGUUUCCCAAGCGUGAAAAAGAGGAUGAAGUACAUUCUGACAAUGAUAGUGGAAUAUGUAUGAGCCCAGAGUCUUACCUAGAGUCACCUCAACGAAGUCCUGCCACUUCUACUAGUUCCCUCAGUGAUAACCAAUCAGUUACAAUCCAACUUGAUGUUUCUGUUAGGCCCAAGCCUUAUGAUCGCCCUCCAGGAAUCUUAAUAUUAAAGAUUAAAGAAGAAAAGAGAGUAGAUAAGAAACAGAAGAAGAUGGAGCAGAAUAAGACAGCUGCCACACGAUAUAGACAGAAGAAAAGGGCAGAGCAAGAAGCUUUAUCAGGAGAGUGUAGAGAACUAGAGCAAAAAAAUGAAGCCCUGACAGCGAAAGUUGAUUCCCUGAGCAAAGAAAUUAAAUAUUUAAAAGAUCUGAUUCAAGAAGUCCGCAAAGCUAAAGAUAAAAAGGUUAAAGCCCCAGAAUAGAAUAGUGGAGUAGGAGUUACAUGCAUGUAUAUUGCUUACUGCAAACAUCUAUGUUUAAUGCUUAAUAAAUUAUUUUUUAAUUUGGA